AUGCGCAGUGUCGUCUUUCUUGCAGCGCCAACGCUGUGCCAGCUGACGCCGCACACAGCACGCCGGACGAGCCUGGACAUUGGUGCAGACGCUCGAGUUGUAGUGGACGAGACGCGAGAUGCUGCGCUGGUAGACGAUGCGCAACAGGUGGCCGACUCGGUCGACGCUUACGAUGCACACGGCUGGGAGGAGGCCUCGAUUGCGCGUUCCGAGAUCGCUGAUGCUCGCGGCGCGGUUUCACGCGAGCUGCUGGAUGCGGUGCAAGAUCGUGCGAGGCGCAACAAGCGGGUGCGCAUCCGAAGCCCAGUGUUGGUGAUCGAAACGCCGGAACGGCGCGUGGAGCGCACUCCGAGCCGUGUGCCAAACGGUGCUGCACAAGAUCCGUGCCCAGUGGAGGCGGACAAGAGUCGCGUGGUUCUAGGAGAGCUCAGCGACGACGAGCACAAGCACGUAGACGGCAGAUAUGUGCCAGACGUGCAUGUGAGCAAUGUACGAUGUAGUACGCGUAAGCGCGAUGUGGCUGAGGGAGGAAGCGUUGGAGCGAUGCGAGCGUGCGAUCUGUCGCUACUGGCGGGAGCGCGUGCCUCGGAUUCGACACGUGCGUUUGCACCAGUCGCCACUCGCAAGGUGCACGCAAUCCAAGCACCAGCACCACCAUCGGCGACGCAACAUGUCGAUUCAACGCCGCCAUCCGCAUCGACGCUGCCGAUACGUGCGCCGAUGCCUGGCAACACGUCGUCCACCAGAGUGCCACAAACGUGUGGUUUCACAUUCUUCUCGAAACAUGCUCGUCCAUCGUCGUGCUCGGUACAGCACGACAACACAAUCGACCACACGCGCUCGCUUCCGACAGCCAACGACAACGCUCGUCCAUGCGCGUCCCAUGCGGAUGUCACCAUGCCAACAUCGGAUGGUCGCAUACAAGAAUCAACGUCGCUCGUGUCGCUGCCGACGAUGAACGUGUUCGCUGCACCGCACGAUUCAGCCUUGUUCAACGCGAGCCUCAGCCGUACCUCCUCUGCACCUUGCGACGAUCAGGCGCAGCAGUCCAUCCAGCCUCCACCCACGCUCCACUUUAGCCUGGCGCAUGUGACUCGCGUGGAGCGCAUCCUGGCCCACCCUACGCAGUUCGUCGGCUCGCAGAUCGCGGUAGAGCAAAUGCGCGCAGGUGGUGUGACGAACAAGGUGAAUCUGCUCGUGGUGGUCAAGGAGGUAGGCGAGGUAGAACUGGUUCGCGAUCGGGUGCGAGUGGAUUCGGCGGGGCAGGCGGGGCAGGCGGGGCAGGCGACUCGGUCGACAAGAGGUCGGUUGCACGAUGGUAGAACCGAACGAGUAGCCCUGGUUGUUAUGGAUGGGAGUAUCUCAAGCAUUGCGCGGUGGGUAGACGAUGUGAGGAGCUCGGAUAUCAGUGUUGUAGAUGAGGUGGAAUCCAAGUGUUUGCUCCAACUGGUGGUGUGGGGUGAGCUUGCGCGCGAAUGGGUAGCUAGCGCGACGCUUGAUGUGAGCAGCCAACAAGCAUCGCGAUGCUCGCCUAGUCUGCGCCCAACGCCGCUCCGACCAGGCGACGUUAUUUCGGUCUGCAACGUCUCGCUCUCGCGCUCCACGGCUUGUUCUACAUGCUCGACGCGCGGCUUGCGCCGAGGCACGCGUCUCGGCUCGCACCCAAUCGCGCCCACAGCGCACGCCUCACCAGCCAACAACUCUACCAUCGAACUCUGCUACCGCUCUACCGUCCUUUCCCCCCUCGACAACGCCAGAAACUUCCACCCCUCCCUCGCCGCUUUCGACCUCAAGUCCAAAAAUGUAGACAGACUCCGCAGACUCUGGUUAUCGUCAUGCUAG